UCUCAUUCUCCGAGAGUAGCUUGGGAGAAGAGUAUUAUUAUUUUCACUCUCUCUGCAUCUGAAGAAUGAAGGGGAAAAUUACACGACUGCUUGUUGGCAUUCUUGUGCAAUGCGCUCUAGCAAACGCAUUCACGACGAUCGGAAUUGCUGAGGAGUCUGUCCAAGAGUUGAUAAACCCGCUGUCAAUGAUGGGCGCGGCGGAAACUGCUGAAAUAAAUAGCAACUUGGACUUGCUGAAAAGCGGAAUUUUUUCAGACUGCAUGUUCGUUGUUGGGCCUGACAAGAGGAUCAUCAAAGCGCACAAGAUUAUUUUAAUUCGGAACUCCGGGAUUUUUGAAAAGCUUUUUUCAAGAGAAGACGCACCUUCUAAAGUAUUCAUCAACAGCGUCGACUACAACGAUUUCUUAGCCAUUCUAAGAUUCAUUUACUCUGGAAGCAACUGCAUUAGGUCCGUGGAUGAAGCUUGCGCCCUGCUGAAAUACGCCGAAAAGUUUCAGUUUGACGGUGUUGCGGAAAAGAGCCGCGCUUUCCUCUGGGCUUCCAUGUACCCUGGCAGGAUAUGGAGCACUUAUCAAUGCGCGAUCGCCGCCAACGACGAACAACUCGCUCAAGCUGCAAUUGAGUUGGCAAAACAAGACACGGCACAAGCACUGCAAGAAUCUGAUUUCGCCUCAGUGCCGAAAAGCGUACUGUCUGAUUUCCUGCACGCAAAGCAACUGUCCUUCGUGCCGCUAUCAGACAAAUCUGCGCACCGACAUUACCUCGAACUAAAACUGCUCAAGGCGGUGAUCAGAUGGGCAAAAGCGGAAGCCAAGAGGCAGAGUUUGCCGCUGACCCCGGUUUCCUACCGGACGGUGCUGGGUCCUGAGCUGCUAAUGCCCCUAAGAGGUCUGUUCCUCACCCCUGAGGACCACAACUCGCUCGAGUUCGGGUCUCAGAAGUUUGAUUAUGGAAAGAUCAUGUCUUUGGUGUUCAGCUUGGAGGAUGAAGGGGACGUGGGCCAGUUCAAGGGCCCCCGCCUGGUCAGCGAGGCCCAGCAAAUCCGCAAGGUGUUGGGUGCUGAGUUCUGCGGGCCGCUGCACCACUUCACCGGACAGAACUCGACUUAUUGGUUGGUCAGCUCGGCGCAACUUGGUUUCCUCAACAUGCGGGACCCGCGCCUCGUCGGCCUGCAGGUGUUAAGGAAGGACGGUUGCCAGCCCAAGGAUGAAUUCACGGUUUUGGUGGUCCGAUUGAGGGACAACAAGAUCAUUUACGGCGCACGUGUGACCAUUACUGAGACGGGCGAGUGCAAGAAAAUUUCCCCGAAAGUGGAGGUCAAACUGCCCAGGGAGGUUCCUUUGGAGGGUGAUUCUUCGCAGUUCAAGGUGCAAGUAGUCUUCCACAGGUCCGGAGAGUACCCUGCCUACGACCACUCGAGUCAGGUGGACGUGCCAAAAUUCUUCAACGGCAACACCAUGGUCAAUUUGAGAACGCCCAAAGGAAGUGGAAUAAUCACGUCGAUCGUCACGACAAAACCGAGAGGCAGCUAAACUAUGAAAUAAUAAUUAAAACUUAUUAAUAUCAUACCUAAAAAAAUUCAAUUUUUCCGCUACCUUGACUCACAUCAAACGCAGUGGACGUUAAUUGCAAGUUGUUGCUUGCGGAGGCGGACGAACAACACAAACAUAACUGUACCCGAGGUACUUUUUUAUGUAAAUUGACUUAAAAAUCAACCGUUCUUUUCAUGAUCGCUCACAUUUUUGCAACAAAAGAGCGUUAUGAACCCGUGUCUUCAAACAUUGUUAUUAAGAUCCUCCUUUGGCGAUGAUAUCAGAAAAUGGAAAGAGAGAAGUACGCAACGCUCGUCUUUUUAUUGUAAAAAGGGGAAGAGCU